AUGGCGGCGCCGGCAGCCCUGCUGCUGGCACACCGCCCUGUGCACCGCAUCCUGCUGAUCAUCGGCGCCGGCAAGCUUGCCGCGGCGCGGAUGCAUCUAGCGCUUGAAGCAUCGAUGCGUCCCGUCAUUGUAUGGCACGGCCACGCCGCAGACGCACACGCCGAUGUGCGCGACGCCGUCGAGGCAGCGCGAGCCGCGUGGCAUAGCGCGCCGUACGAGGCGUUUUUUCCGCAAGAUACGCGUGCGUGCGAGCACACCUGGCGUGCCAUGAUUGCCGCACUCGACGGCGCGGAGGCGGCCGUGUUUGCCGUGUGCAUCACCGAUACGCUCGCGCAAGAUACAGACGAGGCGCGCGACGUGCGUCGCGCGUGUAUGGAGCGCUGCACGCUCCUUGCGACGCUGUGCCGGCAGCUUCGGCUGCCGCUCAAUGUCACGGACCAGCCCGCUCUGUGCGACGUGAGCCUGCCCGCCGUGCACCGCUUUCCGUGCGGCCCGAGCGGCCCGAGCGGCAGCGACGGCGCGCCCUCCUCGCUCCAAGUCGCGGUCACGACCAACGGCCGCGGCUGCCGCCUGGCCGGGCGCAUACGGCGCACGAUUGUCUCGUCGCUUCCGCCAAAUGUGGGCGAUGCCGUAGAGCGCAUCGGCGAGAUGCGCGAGAUGGCGAAAGAGAGCGAUGCGGCGCUGGGCGAAGAAGACGAGUCGAGCGUGCGCGACACGCUCGGGUACAGCCAUUCGCACGAUACCGCAUCAAGUGCGGCGCAGCAGCGGCGGCGCAUGCGCUGGGUCGCGCAGAUUAGCGAGUACUGGCCGCUCGAGCGCCUGGGGCGCCUGGGGCGCGCCGAGAUGCAAAGCCUGCUCGCGACGCAGCUGCACGACGCGAACGCGGACGCAGACGCGCCGCAGUGCUCUGCACAUGACCUGCUGGAUGCAAGCGAGCGCGCGCCGAAACGCUCGCGGCACGAACUGGAUCUGCGAAGCAGCGUGCCGCGUGGCCAGGUAUACUUGCUGGGCUCUGGCCCCGGCGAUCCGCGCCUCUUGACGGUAGCAGCGCACCAGAUUCUCACCUCGUCCCACACGCACCUGAUCCUCUCUGACAAGCUUGUCCCCACCGCCGUCCUGGCGCUUAUUCCCGCGAGCACAGCGCUGGUGAUUGCGAAAAAGUUUCCCGGCAACGCCGAGGGCGCGCAGUCCGAGCUGAUCUCGCUCGCGAUGGAGGCCGUCAGCCAAGGCAAGACGGUCGUGCGCCUCAAGCAGGGCGACCCCUAUGUCUUUGGCCGCGGCGGCGAAGAGCUGGUCGCAUUCCGCAACGCAGGCGUCGCGUGCACCACCGUGCCUGGGAUCAGCAGCGCGUUUGCGGGCCCCCUGCUCGUAGACAUCCCGGUAACGCAGCGCGGCGCCGCAGACAGCCUUGUGCUCUGCACCGGCGUCGGGCGCGGUGGGCGCCAAACGAGCCUGCUUGGCUACGAGCGCGCGCGCACGCUGCUCGUGCUGAUGGGCGUCGCACGCCUCCGCGCCGUUGUCGACGCGCUCAGCGCGCCGCACGACACCGCUGCGCGCCAGGGCCCCCCAUUCCCGCCGUACGUGCCCAUUGCCAUCGUGGAGCGCGCGAGCUCCGAGGACCAGCGCGUGAUUGCCUCGACGCUGGAGCGCAUCUGCGACGUGCUCGAGAACCGCGUCCCCGACGGACAGCGCCCGCCCAGCAUGAUGGUCAUCGGCUGGGCUGUGCUGAGUCUCGCGGGCACUGUCGCUGGCAACGGCGUGCUGGACGACGAAGAGCGGUGUGCCGCCGAGCACAGCACGCGCGCCGCGGCAGACACGGCGCUCGCAGCGCUCGAUGCGGCGCGCGUCGAGCAAUGGCUCGGGCCUAAAGGCUACAUCAUUCACGAGGGCCUGCCUCAGGGCUACCAAAAUAUCGAAUCUUACAUGCACAGCGCACACGACGCGCUGCCACCCCGCAGCACCGCGGGAUGGGCCGCGCCGCGCUACGGCGCACACAACGCGCUCCAGGGCGGCUGGACGCCGCGCGAGCGCGGCGCUUCAUAG